AUGGAUGGUUCCGAAAAACUUACGCCUCUGGUCAUAGGCAAAAAGUCAAAACCAAGGUGCUUCAAAAAUGUGAAGUCUUUGAGUGUAUCAUAUGAAGCAAACUCAAAGUCUUGGAUGACCUCCAAUGUUUGGGAAAAAACUUUGAAAGAGUUUGACAAAAAAUUCCAUGCAACAAAUCGUAAAGCAGCGUUUGUUGUGGACAAUUGCACAGCGCAUACUGAGCCCCUUGAUCAAGGAAUCAUUUCCAGCUUCAAGAGACACUAUCGGACUCAUCUCGUAAGAGACUGGAUUAAAACCAUUGAUGAAGGCAGAGAAUGGAAACUAAAUCUCUUAGAUGGUAUAAAUUACAUCCACAGGAGUUGGGCUGAUGUGACCAAUAAAACCAUCAAACACUUCUUCAGGCAUGCUGGAUUUGUUGAAAGUCCUAGCUCGUCAGAAGAUGUUAAUGAUGAUGAAUAUGAUGACGUCCCCUUAUUUGAAUUGCUCAGGCAACUUAAAAAACGCAACAAAGAUGUGAUGGAUGAAGAAACAUACCUUGGAAUUGACCAAAAUCUCGUGACAUCUCCAGAACUAACCGUCUCGGAAAUCGCGAACGAAAUCCGUGAAAGACACGUUCCAGCAUCUGAAGAGAGUGAUUGA